AUGAAAGUAGAAGUUGUUCAGUCUGCUCUCUGUAUCUGAAACUGGCACCAGGCAACGACACCGAAUUUAAUAUGGGUCAGACACAAAGCAAGCACUGGGUCCUACUGGCUGCUGGUUCCAAAGACUGGACAAAUUACAGACAUCAGGCUUGCGUCUGCCAUGCCUAUCAAAUGGCUCGCCGCAACGGCGUUCCAGAUGAGCAGAUUGUGGUUAUGAUGUAUGAUGAUAUAGCUCGCAAUCAGGAUAACCCAUAUCCAGGACGCAUCAUCAAUGUGCCCAAUGGACCUAAUGUUUACCAAGGAGUUCCGAAAGACUACAUUGGAGAAGAUGUUUCAGUCAAAAACUUUCUGGCCGUCCUUCGUGGAGAUGAAGCAGGUGUUGUUAAACAGAACAGAGGACCAAAAAAGGUCUUAAACAGUGGUGAAAAUGACACAAUUUUCGUCUAUCUGUCCGGCCAUGGAGCAAUAGGAUUGUUUGCCUUUCCCACGGAAGAUCUUCAUGCAUCUGAUCUUGUUGGCACUAUAAACAAGAUGUCGAGACUCCAACAGUUCUCAAAGUUGGUGAUUUAUGUAGAAAGCUGUUGUUCUGGAUCAAUGAUUGCUGAUCUCCCAAAAAAUGCUCAAGUUUAUGGGGUGUCUGCCUCCACUCCUUUAAAGCCCUCCUAUGCCUGUUUCCUGGAUAACGACAGACAAACGUUUCUCUCCAAUGAAUUUACUUCACAAUGGCUGUUGCACAGCAAAAUGUCUGAUCUUACUAGCACAACCUUCCAGGAACAGUUUGAGUAUUUGAAGAAUGAGGUCACGAACUCCACUCCUUGUCAAUACGGCAACAAUGAGCUUAGUAAACUGUUGAUUAGCAACAUUUUGGGUUGUCCUGACUCCAGAAUUCCGGCAGCACCCAUUAGCGCAGAUGAAGGAGUCAGACCUACUAACCUUACCCCAUCCCAUGAUGUCCCACUGAUAAUUCAACAGAACAGAAUUCAGAGAGAAAAGGACCCAGAGAAAAGGAGAGCUCUGCAGAGAGAUUAUGACAAACUUCUGCAGACGAGAAAUAGGAUUGAAAAGGCCGUGCGGGACAUUGCUAAGCACGCAUGCCCUGAACGAGGCCCCAGAGCACUGGUAGCCAGGCGUCCACUGACUCAACUGGACGAUAUGAAAAAAGUUGCAAAGCAUUUCAGACGGACCUUCAGUGAGUGGCAUGAGGAGCAGGAUGAUUGCUGUGCUCUGCAGCAUAUACAUGUUUUUGUGAGCCUCAUUGAGUCUGGAGUGGAGGUUGCCAGGAUUAAAGCAGCUAUAACUCAUGUGCACUCUCAUCGUUGA